UGUUUUGUUCUACAGCAAAAUUUCUCUCCUGCCUGCACUUCAGUUGUGUAACAACCUGUGCCAUUAUCACCAUCUAAUCCAUCUAACGGCUCCAUAAAACAAUAUGCGUUGAUAGUGUUGUGCUCAUCGAGAUCACGUGCCCCUUUAAUGGUCUUGUGAGUGAGACAAAAGCAGAUCAUGUUGAUCAGUGUUAGUCGAAGAAUUGCUACAGUCGGUCAAUGGCGUUACCCCUUCUUGCUCACACCGGUAAAACGCUUUCUGGUGACACACUUGCCAGUUAACGUUGCCAGCAGACAAGGCAGUUGGAAACAAAUACGCAACUGGUGCUGCACUUUUACGACAACGGAAAUGUUUACAGUCGGUCGACAUUCACACAGAGAAGACAAUAUCAAUCUGGCUGAACACUACAAACAGUAUGGCUACGUUAUCAUACAGGAUUUACUGUCUAGCAGCGAGGUGGUGUCUUUACUGGAUGAAAUGGUUGCCAUUUGUCGCGGUGCUCGAGGCCCUAUUCCUGGCAUUGAGUCGAAUGACUGUAAGAGAACCGACGUUGAAGUGCUGGAGAAAUAUCUCUGUAUUCAUUUUCCACACAAAAUUUCCACAUGUAUCCAUGAUCUAGUUAAAGAACCCAAGACCGUCUCUGUGCUACAGCAAUGUAUCGGUCCCAACGUAAAAUCAAUGCAGACCAUGAUGUUCAUGAAAGGUCCUGGCAAGAGAGGGCAGGCGUGUCACCAGGAUGAAUACUACAUUCCAACAAGAGACAGAUCAUUGUGUGCUUCUUGGGUGGCUCUUGAUGAUGCCACAGUAGAGAACGGGUGCAUCUGGAUUAUUCCUGGGUCUCACCAUCGAGGGAUAAUUUAUCCGAUGAGUGAUCAAAGCAAUGAUGAAAGAUACGAUUCGAGUGGUGAAAGUAUCGGACACAACUAUCCAGAGUCAGCAUGGCAGCCUGUUCCUCUUACAUCAGGAAGUGCAAUCUUUUUUAACGGAUACUUACUGCAUCGAUCUCUUCCCAACAAGUCAAAGUCAUUUCGUCGAGCAUUUGCAAACCACUACAUGUCAGCCGAAUCACUCUUGCCUUGGACCAAUGACGGGCGUUUUGAUACAAAAGAUGACAUGCGUGACUUCAUUCUAGUGUGUGGAGAAGAUCCGUAUGCAGGUCUAAAGCCUUUACAGAACUUUACCAAACCGUUUGUACGUGCAGAAGUACGAAAAGAAGGAGCUGUAUUCAAUGAAGUGGCGUAGCACUAUAACCUAAUUUGUACACGACUCACUACAUUUACAAUACUAGAAUGUUCAAAAUUGAAUAUUUUGUGUAGAUACAAAAAUUUUUGACUAGCUAAAUGGUUACAAAUGUUACUCAAAUUAAAAUACCCUAGAGCGAAUUAGCAGUCAUUU